AGCGAGUUAGUCAGUAGCUGCACAUCGAGCUGAAGGCAUCAGCAGCUGCCGCCAAUCUCUCCUGGUGAGAUCUUUUGGGAUCAGUUCUUCAGGUCGGUUAUUGGGAACCCACAUUGCCUGUUGACCUAUGGCGGGGUGGCCGUGGCUGAUGGUGCAGUUGGUGGUGUGGUGCUGUGCCGGCUUGGUGGCGGUGCUGUGGUGGAAGUGGGCCACAAAGCCCCACAUCGACGCUCCAGGGCCGCCUACGGUGCCCAUCAUUGGGAACAUUCUGGACUUGCUCGACAUGCCGUUGACCCUCCGUAAGCUGUUCGAACUCCACCGGCAGUAUGGGGACUUGACAAGGCUUUAUGUGGGCCCAAUGUUGAUGGUAUUGGUGGCGCACCCAGACGAUGUGCAGCACAUCCUGCUGACGUCAAAGCUGGUAGACCGUGGCACCAUCUGCACCAAUGCCAUGCGGAUGUUCGGCGGCGACGGGUUAGUCACCAUCGAUGCCAGCCGGUGGAAGGUGCACCGAAAACUCAUAAACCCGACGUUCCACUCUGAGAUUCUGAAGGGAUUUCUGGAGGCUUUCCACGAUGGUGGUCUCUUCGUGUGCGAGCGGCUCGCCAGGACCAGAGGUGCAGCUACUGAGGUUCACCCUCCAGUGUUGCUGGCAGCCAUCCGCAACUUCAGCAGCACGAUCAUCGGCAUGAACCCUGACCUUCUCAUGCCAGACGGCUUGGCAGAGGAGGAGCUCUCUGCUACAAUGAACUAUGGUGUGAGCCUUGUGCAG